UAGCGAGUCAGUAAACACCAAUUACUAAUUGUUGUGCAGUUUUUUAUAAAUUAUAAAUUAUAUUUAUUCUUUUACUUGUCAUCUUCUCUUUUUUCAUCCCUUAACUUAAAAAUAUAAAUAUAUAUUUUUUUAUUUUAUUUUAUUUUAUUUUAUUUAUAAACUGAUCGAUGAUCUAUGUGAUCCAAAAUAACUAUUAUACUAGUGGUCUCGAUACGUGACACUGUUUAUUUUCUUAUUCAUUAUCUGCGGGUGUCAACACAAGUCACAUCGUGAGAUUUUUUAUUUUAACUAUCUUUUUACGAAAUGGAAACACUUUGGCGGAAAAUAUGGGGGCAUUCGAAUGAGGACGCGGUUGAUCCGGUAACUGGAUUGUCAGGACGAGAGAUAAAGCUUGUCCAGAGUACGUGGGCUAUCGCGAGCAAGGAUCCAGUCGGUUCCGGUAUCGCAAUAAUGUCAGGAUUUUUUGAACGUUAUCCAGAGUAUCAAUCAUUCUUUCCGGGUUUUAAAGAUGUGCCUCUAAAGGAUUUACCGGGUAACAAAAGGUUUCAAGCACACGCUGUCAGUGUAAUCACAGCAUUGAACAGUACUAUUGAUGCAUUAAGUGAUGUUGGACUACUUGAAGCAACUCUGGUAACUCUCGGUGAACGUCACGGGAAACGUGGACAAACGGCCCAACAAUUUCUCCAUCUGAAGCUAGUAGUUAUGGACGUGUUACGACAGACACUUGGGAAUAAAUUUACUAAAGAGACCGAGGAAGCUUGGACAAAAACACUUGACGCGGCUUACACACACAUAUUUAAAGGCCUAUCCUCCUAACAUAUUUGUAAAUAAACCUAAUUAAUACUUAAACAUUAUCAGAUUAUUAUUAUCUGAUGAGUACCAAAUAUAUAUUUAAUGAUAUCCCGACAAAUUGUCACGUUAUCAGGAAAUUGUAUGAUCGUCGUCACGUGCCAACAACUUACACCCGUCACCGCAAUUUCCUAAUUAAAUCACGUCAUUUAUCUUACUUUUAAUAUUUUAGAUUUAAAUAUUAAACUUGUUGAACUGAGAUUUAAUUUUAAAAUUGUUAUUUAAUUAUUUAAUAGACAAAAAUUAUUUUUCCGUGGAUCUAAUCCGCUAAUAGAUUAUUAUUUCUAUAAUAUCUGACGUGUGAAAUUAUUAUGUAGAUGAUGUACAACAAUGGGGCUCAACAGAAUUGCCCAAUUAGUUUUAUAUAUAUAUAUGUAUAUUAUAUACUAUUAUUCCCUCUAUGUAUUGCUGUACUAAAUAAGUUGAGUUUGCAUCUUAAAUGACCUGAUGCAUAUAAAUAUUUAAUAAAAUUUGACGUAAUACGCGUCGUAUAAUUUUUAUAUAUUAAACGCUCUUUGAAUAACAAUAAGAGACGUUAAUAAAUAAUGCGAAUAUGAAGGAUUUAUAUGUAUAUAUACAUAUAUUUAACUGAACAAGUCAUAUCACGUUCGUUUAAAGUGGUGUUACUGCUGAAGCUACUGCUGUUGAUGCUACGACUUGACAACGACAGUGACGACGAUCUACGCUCAAUAAUUAUUAUCUGUAACGUCGAUUUUUAAAAGCAUGCUUUAUCAUUAUUAUUUCUUACGACGACAAUCUAAAUUAUAAAAUUAUUAUAAUGUAACAAAGCUUGGAUUUUAUUUUAUGUAAAUUUAAUGACAAAUGCGGUGAUGGAAAUGUACAAUUGUUGUGUUUUAAAUGUUAUAAACAUUAUUAUUAAAUUAUAUAUGUAAUAUAAAUAUUAUUAAUUAAAAGUAAUUAUCACGAAUUUAAAUGCGUAUAUU